CUUUUUGUCCCAGUAGCUGUGGUGUGUACAGGAAGGGUAUGCUCUGUCUGUGAGUCUUUAUUUUUUGUUUUUGUGUGUGUGUGGGUGUAUAUGUGUGUGUGUGGGGGGGAGACUCUCAAGGUCAGGCCGGGCAUCAUGACUUGUAAAUAACCACCAUGCUUCAACAACCACCGGUGUUCUAACACGACUCGUCCCCGCUCUGGAAAGUCCUCCACCGGCUCCUCCACCGCCGCCGCUGCACUGUUCCACUGAGUCCUCUCCAGGGGAAACCACCACCACCUGCCGACGCGUCUCGCACCAUAUGACCGUCUCAAAGGGAUUUUUCAUUCUUUCGGUUGCCAUUCAGACACAGAGACCUAACUUUUUCUCAAGGACCUGCUGCUCCUCCUCGUGCCAGUGACGACUCACUCGACAGGAUGACAUGGCGUCCUCAGUACCGCAGCUCCAAGUUCCGCCACGUGUUUGGUAAGGCCGCCACCAAGGAGAGCUGCUAUGAUGGCGUGCCAAUCACACGCAGCGUCCAGGACAACAACUUCUGUGCUGUCAACCCACGUUUCCUGGCAGUCAUCACUGAGUGUGCUGGGGGAGGGGCCUUCCUGGUCCUGUCCAUCCAUCAUACGGGUAAAGUGGACCCUCACCACCCCAGAGUAUCGGGCCACAGAGGCAACGUGUUAGACAUCAAGUGGAAUCCCUUCAAUGACUACUGCAUCGCCUCCGGCUCGGAGGACACGACGGUGAAAGUGUGGGAGAUCCCUCCUCAUGGUGUGCUGAAGAACCUUACAGUACCGUGGAAGGAGCUUCAGGGUCACAGCCGCAGAGUGAGCCUCAUCGAGUGGCACCCGACUGCAAACAACAUCCUCUUCAGCACAGCCUACGACUACAAGAUAAUGAUCUGGAACCUGGACUGUUCAGAGCAGGUGAUAAAGAACCCUGUACGGACCAUCAGCCACCACACAGACGUGGUCCUCUCCAUGUCUUUCAACACAGACUGCAGCCUCCUCGCCACCACCUGCAAGGACAGGAGGGUCCGGCUGAUGGAGCCGCGCUCAGGAAACCUACUGCGGGAAGCCAACUGCAAGACGCACAAAGCCAGUAAGGUGUUGGUCCUGGGUAACAUGAAGAUGCUCCUCACAUCAGGCACUUCACGCUGGAACGAUCGACAGGUAGCACUGUGGGAUCAGGACGAUCUGUCUGUGCCUUUGUUAGAAGAGAACCUGGACGGUUCCUCAGGAGUCCUCUUUCCUUUCUACGACCCUGACACACACAUGCUCUACCUUGCUGGGAAGGGUGAUGGGAAUAUCAGGUACUAUGAGAUCAGCUCAGAAAAACCAUACAUCCAGUACCUAACAGAGUACCGCUCACACUUACCUCAGAAAGGAAUGGGUGUGAUGCCAAAGAGAGGCCUGGAUGUGAGCUCCUGUGAGGUGUUCAGGUUCUACAAACUGGUGACAAUCAAGAGUCUCAUUGAGCCUCUAGCCAUGAUCGUACCCCGCAGGUCGGAGUCGUACCAAGAAGACAUCUAUCCAAUGACAUCUGGUAACAAGCCUGCUUUAACUGCAGAGGAGUGGCUCAGUGGCAUCGACAAAGGCCCAGUGUUGAUGUCUCUGAAGCCUGGAAGUCAAGUAGCAGAUUCAUAUUCGGAGAUGAGCAAAGGGCUGGGGAACACUCUGGACACUCGCAGGUCUCAGAGCAGACCAGGCAUGCUGCAGCUGGCGUACAUUCAGGACCACCUGGGAACCAAAGACGGCAAAGAGGACAGCGGCCAUGCAGACGACGACAAAAGUCGAACACCCGUUAGCAACGGAGAAGACCUUGCACUUUGUUCUCCGCCGAGGACAGAGAACGAGUUGCGUCUCAAGUUCCACAAGCAGCAAGAGGAAAUCCGACGGCUGAGAGAGCUCCUCAACCAGAGAGACGUGCGCGUCAAACAGCUGGAGCUUGAGAUUAAGAACAUGAAAAACUCCCAGUCUCAGGGCUCACUUUAAGAUUGGCCCGACCUGCAGUCACCCUCACCUCCUCACGGGAUACAUGCAUUACUAUACAAACUUACUAACCCUAACCACCUACACUCUUUUGCACUCUUUUGACUCACCUCUUUUCCGCUGAUGAGCCCCAGCGUACUCACUGCACAGGGGUGAUCUAAAUCUUGACUUUGUGUUUGCAAUCUGUCAUUUUGUCAGUUCUACACAGGGUGCACAUACUCUUUGUUCAUGUAUAUACACUUAUACACUGAGUCUUACCCCGCUGCAACAUGUUUUAAAACUCUUUGCACCUUUGGACCUUUCCCUCGUUUCUUUUGUAUGCUUCACAGCUAUGCAAUAAAAGGAUGUUUGUGCCUGUCUUGACUGAAUGAUGUGGCUGUCUGCGAGUUGUUUGAAAGUUGUUGCAGGGCAGGAGCAGACAUCCUGUAUGAUUGUAAUGAUAAGGCUGAAUUUAUUUUCUAUGCUCGGUGAUUGUUGUUGUUUUUUUUUUUUUGUUAUGUAAACUACUGUAACUGGAGAUGGUUGUGGUGUUUAAUGUUCAGUAUGUGUGCUUGAAUGACAAUAUCAUGAUCCCAGCUGUGUUCUGCCAUUCCAUUGAGCUGCAUUUGUUUGAUUUUUUUUAGAUUUUUUUUUUUUUAUUAUUAUUUUUAAUUUUUAUUUUUGAAUGACUGGAAAAUUGGUGAAAAAUCAAUCGUUUUCACUGCAGCUAUUGUAUAAGCCAAUUCCGUAACUGAUGCCAUGUAGCAGUUUUGAUCUUAAUUUUUAUAUUUAUUUUAAAAUACAGUCAACGAAAAUAAUUGAAUUCACGUUUGUAAUUUUGGAAAAUACACCACACAACAUGUUUAAAGGCUGCUUGCUUUUUGCUGGUGUGAGGUCACUGUGAGGAAAAAGUUUAAAGUUAUUGUAGAGCCUGAGCACUGCACCACUUUUGAGUUAGCUUGCGUUCCACUACUGUAGCUUUCGGUUUUCAACUUAUUUUCCCAUAGAGUGGCUUUUUAUUGCUCUUUGUAAAAAGAUAAUAUGUGAUACUGGGGUUUUUGGUCAUCAGCUAAAAGGAUAUCUAAAUACUGUACUGAUAUCAGGAGCAGCGGAGAUAAUGUAAACCAUAUAUACUCCUGCCACUCCUCGCCACUUUCUUAGGUACACCUGUACAAGCUAAAACAAUCUAAUACAACAGUUGUGCCAUGAAUUGUACUUCCACAAAGUUUAUAAAUGUUCACUUUCUGUUGACAUUAACAGAAAUUUUAUUCUACUAUGUUUAUUAUUAAGGUUAUAGCGAGUGGUGGUGUUGUUCUGGAGUGCAUUAUAUUGAAAGGGCGGUUUCUAAUGUUUUGUCCAUACAUGAGGGGGGCAAAAAUAUAGUGUAUAUAUAUAGUGGCCAGCAAGUGUAAAUAUGUUUACUAUCAGAGAUUUUGCCAUACUGUUUACACUGUGGAAGCUAUCGCUAUCUAUUUAAUAAUGCGAGCAGCUACAUUUCACUUAUCCAGUGAAAUGUCUCUAAAUCUUCUACGUAGAUUGGCACAUUAUCGUGUAGAUGUUCAUGUUCGCCAGUUAUCUACCCUUAUGACUUUCGGAUAUCAGCUGACUCUUUCUGUUGCACCUCCAUGAGGUUGACAUUUGUGGAUUUGAGUGAAUUGUCUCUAGAACUAUUAGAUGAAUUGCCGUCAGAUCCGGAAAAUUUGGUAUAAUGUUGGAAAUUCAUGUCUCUGUCUGGAUAAAUUGUAAAGCUUUGAUGAUCUUUUAACUUCAUCUAUCACCAUCAUAAGGUCAAGAUUUUGACUUACUGUGGUUUAUGGCCAAACCUAUGACAUUCCCGCCAGCCUCAGGUGUACUGCGUUUAGUGGUAAUUUUGUUAGCAUGCUAACAUGCUAAUCUAACAUUGUAAACAUGGUAAACAAUAGCCUAUACCUGUUACCAUAUUAGCAUUGUCACUGUCACUGGGUUAGCAUGCUGAUGUUAGCAUUUAGCUCUAAGCACCACUGUGCCUAAGUACAGCCUCACAGAGCUUCUAGCAGGACCGGUUUAUGAUAGUAUAUGUUUUUAUAUGAUUUUUUUUCUAUUAUCAAUUUGAUAAAUUUCCUAAUUUUCUGGUAUUUAACUCUGGAUCAGACAAAAAAAAAAACAAACAAACAAACAACAAAAGCAGAUUCCUACCUGGUUAUUUUACCAUUUUUAGUGAAUGCACACUGUUGAUGAAAUGAAAACACCUGUUCACAAAACAAUCUCCACUCAAGAUCCACUUGUUCCGGAGCUUUCAAUGGUCAUCAUGGUCACAAGUUUGUGUGGAGAUUGUGAAGAACAAACCUUUAAGCCAAAAACACAGAUAAGAAGUCUAUUGGUAAAAGUUUGAACAACUACAGUUCAGUGACAACUGAGCAAACUUAAUUUGCUUGUGAGAAUCCUGUGAUGUGCUCGAAAGCCUUGAGUAAGCUUGAGUGGAAAUUGUCCUGCAAAAAUUAUAUUUUCUUUGAAUUACUACUGCUUAAAUUUUACUUUCUAGUACAGAUAAGUAGAUUUUAGAAGAUACACAGAGAUCCCCAGUAUGACAUUACAGCUUUGAAAGAAACCCUCUAUGAGAAAAUACCUUGUCUGUAUGAGGCAAGUGGAACAGAAGUGAGCUUAAAAAGGUGGCAGCUUUUUGUCUCUUUACAUACGAUAGGGAAUUCGUAUAUGUUUUGUCAGUUUUUAAGUGCUUAGCUAAGUGAUAAUCUAUUAAAGCAACCACAAAAGGCUUAAAUAACUGUAAAAUGUACAUACAUUUACGCUGAGCAGUUGGUAAAGUCUAUACUCAUGGCUUGUAGAGAUGUGUUUUCCCUCAGGGAACUUCUGAAUGGUGUUCAUAGUUUCUGGCACGGUGGUGCAGUUGGACCAGUUUCUCAUAUUUGUUGCUUUCAGAAUUAGGGCAGUUGAUUUUAACCUGACUUUUUUUUUUUUUUUUUUAACAGAAUAAGAGCAAGAAAACAUUCCCUUAUCUCUCACCAACUUGUUGACAGAAACAAUAUGCUGAUAUGUGUAAAUAUGCGUAGAUGUCACUGAAACGCUUGCAGAUAUUAGGUAACACAAACAUUGUAGCUGUUAGUUGAUCCUAAGAUAACCAGUCAGAUACUGUAUGAAUGACCAUGCAUGCCUGUAUUUAUGUAGUCAGAGGCACACACACUAUAAUGAUAUUCUAGAUUUGGCUUACGUUUCAUGGCCACCUGUCAAAAAAAAAAAAAAAAAAGGUAACACGUGGAAACUGCCAUACCAACCCACAAACGUACAGACACACUGGUUUCAAUACAAUUGUGAUCUGUGAACCUUUUGACCUCUGUCAGGACAGUUCUAGCACAGCUUCAUCCCUGGCUGACUUUUGUCCAGGAGCAGCAACGGUCAGCCAGGGUAAACUAUAACCACCACUGUUGUUAGUGGACAAGUUUCAACACAUUCCCACCAUGAGCUGCUGUUUUUACAGUUGGACAGUGGACUUGUUCAAGGGCUGAUUGGGCUGUUUGUUCACAUUAAACAGUUUAAGCUAACUGGUUUCACUUACAUAUAUCUUCUUUUCUCUCACAGAACUUUUACAAACUGUUUAAUCAUAUCCAUGUUUACCAUAGAAUUUAUUCAAGUGGUUUUUCCCCAUCGAAAAAAAAGAAGAAGAUUGUAUUACUAUAGUAUUUCUGCCUCUCAACGGUUUGCUUGGAACUGCAAAUGAAAAAAAGAAUUGUUGAAAAUGUCUGCCAAAAUUGCACAUUUAAGGAACAAUCAUUGAUUCGCUUGGGAAUUCAGUACUUGAUGCAGUUUAUACCACAAAUAAAUUCUCAGCCUGUACGAAAUACAGCAUAUCACUAGCUAGAUAACAACAGCAGCUGCCAUUGUUGAGCAGUCUUCAGCACUGUGUCAAAAGCAAAUCUGUGUCUUUUCACUGCUGCCCCAUUUUACUCUCACCUGAGCCCACAUGUAGCUGAAUUUGGCAAACCAUUCAUCGACAUUAGAGGCUUAUUCACUGACUAUCCUUCGUAUGUGGAGUUUGCACAAUUAAAAUAAAAAAUGGGCAAAAGAGAAACCAGAUUUAAAAAAAAAAAAAAAAAAAAAAAAUCCUGUUUGUCAAAGUCUUUUUUUCUUCUGAGAAUAACAUAUUUCACUUUGGUUCGACAAGUACAAUUUAUUCAUAUUGUUGAAUAACACAAGUUUAUCAGUUUUGUUAAAUUGAGAACAGCCAUUGUGGCUGAAAGAAGAAUUGUGAUGUCUGUGAACUGACUCAGUAAUGUCUGUUAGCUAAUAUUAGCUAACAUUAGCCACCACAAGCUACUCGGGGUGGUUUCCCAAAGACUUUAAGACUGGCCCAUAGUGUUAGGCCAGUCUUAAUUUUGCUCUUAGGUUAGUCUAAUACAAGUUAGACAGUUUCACAAAAACAAAGACUGACGUAUUUUUAACCUAAGAAGUUAGCCACCUGACCCCAAAGCUAAUUCUGAACUAAGAUGCAUGUUUCCAUGGUAACCAUCAAUGACACCUGCUAGAGGUACUGGUGGUAAAUAUAAUUUUAACGCUAUCUUCAUCACAAUUAAUGUUGUCCCACCUUUUUCUGUGCUCCACCUGCUAUAAUUUUUAUUUUUAAUAUUUUUUUCCUUGCAUCUGGUACCAUGUAAUUUACCCAGAAUUCAUGAACUAAUCAGCUUUGUGCAGCAGAUCAAUCUAAAGUCUGACAUUAGUUAGAUCUAAGCCAUAGUCAAAGUUUAUCUUUGUGAAACUGGCCCUGGGUCACACCAGACCAGGUAAGGCUGGAGCAGAAAAACCUUUUCUAAAAGUUAUGCUGUGUUGCUUUAAAAUAGUUUUACUUAAAAUGGGUGUUUGUCACAUAGCAAGGGGCCAAUCAAAAGAUUUUAAUUGUUGCAUCAUAGGAAAUGAAGGCCUCACUUAUAUUUGGGACCAAAACUCAGGAUAUCUCAGCCUUUGCUGCAUUGAUUUUGAUUAUACUCAUAAAAAUCUCUUUCAUGUGGAAAGUGCAAUAAUAAGUUACUGGAGUCGCCCUUUAAACUGAUGAAUGAUUGAAUUUGAUUCCACAUUUGCAGUUUUGGGAGAAAUGGCACAAAUUGCAAGCUACUGUCUGACAUUGGGACAACAAAAUGAUACCCUUACUGCCAACUAGAUCAUCAAUACCCAUUCAUAUCCUUUAAUUCUUUUAGUGUAUUAUUAUUAUUUGCACUAGUGCAAAUAAAGAAUAAUAAUACAGACGUCAUACAUUAGUGUGCAUUGUUGAAAAGAGGCAGUGUAUUUUUUGUUUUUCAAAGGCACCAAGUUUUAUGAACGAAUCGUCACAAUGUUGUGGUGAGUGAUGAUUGCAUUACUGUACAGAAAACUGUAAUAGUUAUUAUUCUGUUCCUGUUAUGAAUGUGGCCAAUACCAAGUCCUCACAAAAAAACCUCUCAACAAACCAAAUGAGAACAACAACAUCAAUAUAUUCCAGACACCUCUCAGUUUUAAAGCAUGCACACUAACAGCCUCUUAUAAUGGAGCAAUAAUGUAGCUGCAGAGUCAACUGUAGCAUUCACUGUCUGAACAUGUCUGAGUUAAUAAACCAUUUCAUUUGAGGAUUGUUGCUGGGUUCAUAUGAGCCUCACUGUGCCUGACUUAAAUGCAUUAUAAAUGCAAUUAUUGUGAUGUCUUUAAAUUGUCUGUUAAAUGUAUUUAGUAAAAACUGGAAAAGAUUUUAUCCCAUUUCUUUUAAUAUUGUUUCUAAAACAUGUAAAAAAUAUAUUAAUCACAUAAAGUAUAAUUAAAUUUUUCUGGGAAAUCCA